AUUUGCAUCUCUUGUAGUUGAUCGUAUCAAUAUUCAGUACUGCUAUCGGAGCUGAACAUAAUGAAGUCGAUCCAGAGUGUGACUACAUUUUGCAGCAGCUGUCACGCUUUCCACCGAGUAACGCAAUUGUAACGCGGUGUUGCGAUGGUAUGGGAGUGCGUUACGAAUGUAUCAAUGGCCACAGAAUGCUUACUGGCGAUGGAGAAAGGAUUUGUAAUAACAGUGAGCUGAUUGGUCAAGAACCUAAAUGUGUUUUUCCUAAAGUUACAUCCUGUGGUAACCCUGGACCUAUUCCCUAUGGAUAUUACGUUGGUUUUGACUUCAGUGUAUCAAGCCACGUCAAGUACCAUUGCCACAAAGGCUUUAGAAUACAUGGACACUYRCAUAGAAAAUGCAUGGACAACGGACUAUGGACUGAGUCACCAAGGUGUAUAUUUGAGGAUGACUUGGAGKUUGAUCUGGCAAAGGCCACUAACAUCAUAAGCAAUAAUCUCCUUCAUGACCUUCAUGUUCCUCAKUGCRCAGACUCGGAGAAUCCCGACUGCCAACCGAUUUCUCGACGAAGAAGAGCCAUCGACGUUGAUCACGGUGGAGGCUUAGAUAUAGUAUUUAUGUUUGAUGGRUCAAACUCCAUCAAGAAACAAGAAUUUAGAAUGGGUCUACGUUUUGCGCAAGAACUCUUACGUAUUCUUGACGGAACCGUUCGUCGUGGAGGCUUAAAAGUAGCCGCCAUGUCCUUUGCUGACAACAUGAGAAUAAACUUUGACUUCACAUCAUCAUCGGUUCGGGUGAUGAGGAAGAUAUGGUCAAUCAAAAAGCCUAACGGAUGUGGGAGCAAUCUUGGCCGCACCAUGUUCYUACUSCGCAAGCGCAUCUCACCUAAACUACGUCGAGAUAGCAAGCGAGCUGUAUUUAUAAUCACCAAUGGCAAGCUAAUCCUAGGAUCGAGCCAUAAGCGUGCGUCACGUCUGUUACAGGCUGAAAACCGGUUUUCCCUGUUUGUGAUUGGGAUUGGAAAGAAUCCAAAUAAGGCAAUGCUGACGACACUCGUAUCGCAACCKGUCAAGGAGCAUUACAUUGCAUUGAGGGCCUACAAUGAUGUCUUCAGCUCUGUGACAAAAGCGGUUUCGUCUGAAAAAAAUCAGCUCAAGUGUGGUAUCAGCACCACWAAGCUCAAAUCUCGCUCCAUUCGAGGAAACAAGGCAGCUAGUGGAGUAUGGCCGUGGCAGCUUGGUGUCUACUGGGAUCGGGGACGUUCACCAAUAUGUGGAGGAGCUUUGAUCGGCGAACAGUGGGUCAUCACAGCGGCUCACUGUUUCUUCUCGAACGGAGGUCGUAAAGCUAUCGUGUGGCCACCGUGGAGAUAUACAGUAACGGUCGGCGAUCACGACAUACGAGGCGAAGACAACAUGAAGCAAAUGGCACCCGUUGCAAAGRUUUAUCUUCAUAAAGACUUCAAGUACAAAACACAUGAAAAUGACAUCGCUAUCGUUAAACUUCAGUACAAAUUCAAGUUAGGGAAGUAUGUCAGGCCAGUUUGUCUUCCUGAACUCAACGCUAAAGGACGAAAAUCCGUCGAGCUUGGAAAACAUGGAUUUGUUACGGAGUGGGACCGACCACAGGACGAAGGAAUCCGAGCAAUACGUCGGAAAAGUCGAUCGCGAAUCCUAGUUCACACUGCACUCGUAGUAUCACCGACAAACCAGUGCAAAAAUAUGACUUCCAAUCCCUUCAACGCGUCCACCAUGUUUUGUGCUAUGGAUAAGAAGGCAUACAAAAGAGACUGUCGGGGGGAUGGUGGGAGUGCUUUUGUUACCGAGUCAUAUGAUCAUAAAUCACGUGAUUACAGGUGGUUAGUGGCUGGUGUCGUCAGCUGGGAUGAAAAAUGUGGUACAAAAGAUCACCAUCGGUACUUCACCCGUGUUAUGCCGUACUCGAAAUGGAUUGACAAGAUUGUUCAGUAAUCAAAUUUGAAUGCUAAAACAGCAUUUUUAUACAGAACAAACCAUUCGAGAUGAAACCGUGCUUGUCAACUGACAAAAUCAUCUAGUGUAAAUAUCAUUGACAAGAUGGCGAYCGAUACGAACUAUUGCGCAUGAGCAAACGUACGUAGAAAAACAUUCCAACCCACAUUGAAUGUGAUAACCAGUUAACAUAAGUACAAAGACAACGCUAAAGGACAUGCGCAAGCAUGCAAAUGCAACAGACAAUUCUGCGCAUGUGUAAAGUAAUCAUUUCAGUAAACACAGAACUUUUACCAGAAAAAUUUUUUUAAUCGUUUUAUUCGCAACAAUUACGAGUAUAAUUAUUUCUCCCGUCUAAAUUUUUCUGAAAGUGCAUUUUUCUGUCCCCCUAUUUUGGAGUCCAAAAAUGUUUGACACUUUUUACUUAAACCCGUGAGAUUACAAAUUAAAAUUCAUAUUUUGUGAAAAAUUGUUAA